CCAUUUGUGUAACGCGUAAAUCCCAUUAAAAGAGAGUUGAUAUUAGUGAAGAAUACAGAUAAUGUCAGGAGCGCAAGGAGCACAGCCGCCGGGAUCAAGGACGGCGACGACGUACGAGUCGGUUGAGAGAGGGGAGAAUAAGACCAGGACCGACCUGCGUGCAAGGGAGGAUCAAGGUAUGAUUCAGAUAGACAAAGAGCAGGAUAAGGUUGCUGAUGCUGCUGGGAAAGGUGGUCCUGUCUUUGGUGCUGGUAAAGAUGAAGACAAGAAGGAUCUGGGCGUUACAGGCACUGGCUCUGCUUAGUCUUCUUCGUCUUCUUCCUCCUUUGGUAUGAUUGUAGCUUGUGUAAAUACCUAAGUCUUCAUAUACAGUUGAAGUGUUUGUACUUUUACAUGAGAUUUCUAUGGAGAAAUGUUUGUAUUUGCUGAUAUGCUUAUGUUGGUAAUUGGAAGCCAUUACAGUAGAAUUAUCUAGUCUUAUAUGAUGUUCAAAAUUAUAAGUUUAAUAUAAAUAUAAAAUAUUUUGAUA